UUUAAAUCUUUGUUCGUGGCCAGUCUUUUCGUAUAGAAUUUGAAAUAAAAUCGAUAAUCGACAUAUUUGAAAGUGAAAUUUUAAUCGAUAAUGGCCGCGACCUUAACAUUUGAGUGCAAUUGUAUUGAUUAAGGUUUCAGGCCUUGAAACUAGGGCAGGAAACCAAGCCUCGCUAUGGACGACCACACAAUAGACCUGAUCUUCGCUGGCUCGCUGAAGUCCCUGCCUCCAGUCAGCUCCAAGAUCGUGAGGAUCUUCACCAGUUCCACCUUCACGGAUACAACUAUGGAGAGGAACACAUUGAUGGCGAAAUGCUACCCGCGGAUCAAGGAUUACUGCCGAGAGAAACACGGACUGGAAUUUCAAGUGGUAGACAUGCGAUGGGGCGUUCGAGAUGAGGCUACAGACGAUCACAUGACCACUGAGCUGUGCAUGAGGGAGAUCAAGAACUGCCAGAGACUAUCCAUGGGGCCCAACUUCGUGGUGUUCCUGGGGCAGAAGUAUGGAUACAGACCAAUCCCAACCUAUGUGCUAUCAUCAGAACUGCAGAUGCUUCGGGACGAGCUGGUCGCCGGCGGGGUAGAUGUGAUACUCCUGGACACAUGGUAUAAGAAGGACUCGAACGCCGUGCCACCGGUGUCCGUUCUCCAACCCAUAUCAUCUAUCCUUAUCAACUUUAAUAACAAGCGAGUACCAAAACUACAAGCCGAAGAUCAAGCAGUGUGGUGGGACACGCUCAACAAGAUGCAGAAGCUGUUCAGGAAGUCCUCACUCCAACUGUACAACGCAGGGAAGAUAGAUAAAGAUACUAUGCACAAUUAUUUUAUGUCAGUGACGGAACGUGAGGUCAUAAAUGGGGUGCUCAACGUGAAGAACACCAAGAACCACUGCCUUGCCUACGUCAGAUACAUCAACAACAUCAACCUUCAGAACCUGAAGAAAGCCAGCAAUUUUGUGGACAUCCUAAACAGGAGUUUGGACACCGAGGCUUCCAAACUCCUGGCCGACCUGAGGGAUGUCAGGCUGCCGGAGAAAAUUGAAACCACUAACAUUCAGAAAUACACCGUAGAAUGGAUCGGACGUGAGGGUCUCGAUACUGAGACUCACGGGGAGUACCUCAACCAUUUCAUCACCCACUUCUACAAGAACAUCGUCAAAUUAGUCGACAGGGCUAUGCGUAAAGAAGACAGUAGCGCACAAGGACAGAUAGUAACUGAAAUACUGCAGCAUUUGCACGCGUGUAACAAUUCCGUAAAAGUAUUCCACGGGAGAGAGGAAGAUUUGAAAUUCAUCGAAAAUUAUAUCAAGAAUAAUUCUGACAAGCCGCUCGUUCUGUAUGGCGAAGGUGGCUGUGGCAAAACCAGUUUGCUGUCAAAAAGUUCAGCGAUGUGUCUGAACGAAUGGUUCGCUGAUGUCAGACCGACCAACAUCAUAAGGUUCCUGGGCACAACACCAGACUCCAGCGCAUUGACUCCUACUCUCAUCUCUAUUUGCCAACAGAUAUCAUACAACUUCGCCUUGCCGUUCGAGAGCAUACCAGACGACCUGGUGCCACUAACAGCCCACUUCAAGCAGCUGCUGACGAUGGCUACCCAGCAGCAGCCACUACUCCUGUUCCUCGACUCCGUGGACCAGCUGACCGGCAUCGGCACGGAGAACAAUAAGGUGUCCUGGCUGCCAACAAGACUACCGCCACAUUGCAAAAUUAUGGUGACUUGUGCUCGUGAAGAGACCAAUCCAGAGGUUUCAAAGGAAUACGAGGUUCUAAAGCGCAUGAUCGACUCUGAGGAGAAUUUCUUAGAGGUCACAGCUUUGGGCGAAGACUUAGCUAUGCAGGUUUUGAAACUCUGGAUGGCUUCAGCAGCUCGCGACCUUUCAAAUUACCAGUGGCGGUUGGUCUCCAACGCUAUCAGUUCCUGCUCGCUACCCAUUUUUGUGAAGCUGGUCUUCGCAGAGGUCUGCCGUUGGAGGAGUUACACCAAACCAGCGGACACCCACUUGGCUUCCACUGUCAUGGACUCAAUUAUGAUGCUGUUUGAAAGAAUUGAAAAACAGCACGGCCGUCUUCUGGUCUUCCACGCGUUGGCUUACAUCACAGCAGCUCGGAGUGGCCUCUCGGAAACUGAGCUGGAAGACUUGAUAUCCCUGGACGAUAAGGUUCUGGACGACGUGUACCAGUACCAUUUGCCACCAGUCAGGAGGAUACCACCUUUACUUUGGACAAGGAUUCGCAACGACCUCCCCAACUAUUUAUCAGAGCGGGAAGCUGACGGCGUCUCCGUGAUGAACUGGUACCAUCGCCAGUUCAGAGACACCGCUCGGGAGAGGUACUUCAAGAACAUGAACAUGGCCAUAUACUUCCAUUCCAUGAUAGCUGAUUAUUAUCUUGGUAUUUGGGGCGGUGGAACACCAAAACCCUUCAAGUACACAGAGAUCCAGCGUCAUCGGUUCAACUUGGCCGACAAGGAGGGUGUUGCUGAUAGAAAAGUGCCCCUCCAACCCUUGGUCUUCACAUCAGCUGAUGGCGCCACUAAGAGAUAUAAUUUGAGAAAGUUCGGUGAGCUGCCUUUCCACCUGGUCCGCUCCAAGCGCUUCCAAGACCUGUACGCCGAAGUGUUGUUCAAUUACGAGUGGCUCCACGCCAAGCUGAACUGUUGCCCCCUGCAGGCGGUCUUGGCUGACUUCGAAGACGCCAAGCUUCAUGUCCAUAAGGAUGCUGUCAGAGAACUAAUGCUGGUAGCUGACGCUCUCCGCCUGGGAGGCGCGAUACUCGGGACAUACUCCGACAUGUUAGCACCACAAUUAGUGGGGAGACUGCUGCCUGAAGCACCCCACAAUCCAGCGGUAGCGUCGCUACUGCAGCAGUGUCACGACAAAGGGAAGAACCACUGCGCUUUGCUGCCGAGCCAUCAUUGUUUGCAUACACCUGGAGGGCCACUGAAGUAUUCUCUAGAAGGCCAUCAAUUCGCGGUCUUCGCUUUCCGACUCAGCUCGGACAAACGUUACGUGGUCUCCAUAUCCAGCAGGGUGAUAUCCUGGGACCUGUCCACCUCGGACCUGGCCCGGGACUUGUGUCCUCAGCUCGAAGGCAUCAUGCAGAAUUUGGAGCUCUCCCCGGACAAUAAGUGGGCCGCUGCGUCGACUAAUAAUUCUGUUUCAAUGCUGCUCAAUAUGCUGACCAGUGAAUACAUCACAAUUAACAAUCCACUUGAUGAAGGGGAAACAGUAAGAGGUGUAGCUGUCCUGAACCACCACAUGGUGAUCUACGGCCCUCGAUCCUGGGUGCAGUACUCCAUGAGAGGGGAACACGAGAAGACAUCACCAGCUCCUGAUGCGGCGCCGUACGAUGACGCCAAUUGGGAAAUACUCUCAAUGGAAUUUCGUGACCUGGAUAACUUCGUUCUGGUCAUGUGGAGUGGAGAUUUGGACGAAGAUAGAUUACUAGUGCAGUUCUGCAAAGAUGGUACUUGGAUGAAGCCACUGAGGUGUAAAGGCGCCAUGGCAUUGGACAAGACUUGGACUAAAAUAUAUACCAGUGACCCUGAUAGAGGAUAUCAGAUAACAAUAUUUGAGCUGAACGCUGAAGAAUCUCAAUGGGUGAAGUGUCAGGAGUUGCAACAUCGUGAGACCGACACAGCCGAAGCCAUGCUACAACUGAAACGUGGGAGGAGAGAUAGGAUGUUACUUGCAACAACAACUUACAGCUUUGUGGUAUGGGAUUUUGAUAACACAAUUCCGAGAGAUAAGCACGAAGUAGAGAUUAAAAAGAAGAAAGGAGAAGAACAUAAGAAAGAUAUAGAAGAGGAAGAAAAACAGGAUUUUCAAGAAAAGGACCAGCGUUUUCAAGGCAUAGUUCUGAAGUUACCGCAUACAAUUCGCAACAUUUCAACCAAGAUGACGCUCUCCAACUCUUUUAUGAUCAGCAAGAACAAUGUCUAUGCCGUCGCUGGCGUCAGAAAGAAUCUAUACGUUUGGAGUUUGGAAACGACAAAGUUGAUCAAAGUUCUCGACGCUCACUUCGGUAGGAUAGUGCAACUGGAACCGUUGACCGUGGGGUCUUGGAACAACGUCAUCACCUCCUCCAUAGACAGGACUGUCAAGAUCUGGAACAUAGACAAUAUCUUCGAAAUGGUUCACAAGAUUGACAGGCAGGAGUUGCCGAUUGAUUCCAUAAGCCUAGCCAGAGAUCAACGCUUAGCAGCGACUGUGACCCGAAGCUGUUGGGGUCUCUGGGACACCAGCACUGGGAAGCUGAUAGCUCAGUUAGCUGACGCCCCACUUGGAGCUAUAGUGACCCACGCUGUGAUAACGCCGAGCGGAGAAAAUGUUAUUACGGCUGAAUCUGGGAAUGUUGUUAUUUGGGAUACUACUGAAAAGCAGGUAAUAUUCAAAGAAGAACAGAAGGGCGUGAAGCAGGUCCUCCUUCUAGAAGACGGCACAAAGUUCAUUACCAUCUCAAUGAAAUCGAGCACAGACAACGUUGAAAAUGUAACUAUGGCUGCUAUUGUAGCCAGGACGAUACCCGACGGCGAGAAAAUCUACACGGCGGAGUACGAGGUCAGAGGUAUGGGUUAUCGAGCAGCCGUGGUGUCUCUGGAUGAGCAUCAUGUCGUGGCUCCAGGAGUGGACAAGUCCAGUCGGGACUGUCUCCACGUGUUUCAUGCCAGGACUGGUGCUAGAUUGCACAGGAUCCCAAUCAAGAACAGUGGUAUUAAGGAUAUCCAGUCGAUAGUGGCGCUGCCCCACAAGCCGCUGUGGGUGGCCGUGGUGGGGAAUGACAAGGCUGGCAUCCUGGACAUCAAGACCAAGAGACAUGUCAGGCUAGUCCCACGCUGGAACGGACUAUGCACCAAAGAUGGAAAAAUUGGACUCUGCGCGCCUUCAAGAGGUGGACUUGACCUGAUAGAACUAAAACGAGGGACUACCGUCGAACCACUCAUCUCUAGAGCUGCUGAAGGUGUAUUCUCCAUCAUCACGAUGUUCAGCUCCGAUGAUCAGUACGUGUUCUAUUAUCACAGCGGAAGGAAGACCCUGAGAGUUUUCAGAACGGUUGACGGGAAAAUAGUAGCCGAAUACAGGGCUCCGGCUGAAGUGACAGGCGUGGCGAGCGCACACGGGGGCAAAGCGCUAGCUAUAGGAUCACAAGAUGGCUGCCUCACCAUUCUGAAUAUUGUUGAUCCCCACGAGUAAAGGAAAUCGUUAAAUGAUUGUAUGUCAGAGUUAUUUUAAGCAAAUAAGUUGACACGUAUCGUUGAAAUAGUCUUACGUGUUUUAUAUAUACACAUACGCCUCCUUCCAGAAGCAGUAGAAAGAGGCAAAUUUUUUUCACUUGCAACAAACCAUGCAUGUCUUUGCUUUAAAAAAAAACUUGAUUGAUUAAAGGCACCCUAUAUUAAAAAAAUUAAAAUUAAAAAAAGGUAAAGACAUAUAGCACGAUAACCUCUUCGAUUUUAUCGAAGAGUACAUUUGUCAAGGUCUUCCGAAGUUCCCAUUUUCACUCAUUGAAUAGAUCUUUUGGUCUUUUAUAUUCUUACAUGCCAUUUUUAAUCUUGCCAUAAUGACCUUUUGAGAGUUCCUUCGAUUAUUUUUUUAACUAACAUAAACAUAUUAAUAUAACUCAUGUACCUUUAUAGUUGCUUCUUAUUUGAUUAAAAUAACUCAAAACGAUGGUCUGUGAUAUUCUGAAAAGACGAAAGAUUUUUUGAAAUACAUUUCUUAUUGGAUCUCUUACGUAGUAUUGUAGUUUAGUUUUGUAGUUGGUAUUCAAAAAUAUAUUUAAUUUAUUGUGAUUGAAAUCAUUAAUAUUAGUAUGUUUAUUAGAUUUGCUUGUGAUUUGAUAGUAUAAAUAAUUUCAGCACAAUUAUAUUAUUGAGAUAUAAAAAAAGUAUUUUUUACACAGACGUAAUUUAGUUAUUAGAUUACAUAAUCAUUGCAUUAUGUAAAAUUCUUCUAUUGAAUUCUUCUAUAAAAAAUGGUGUGCACAUUUUUAUAUGGUAAAAUCGAUGAGAUAUUCGGAGGUCCCGGGUUUGAAUCCCGGUUAGGGCAUGAUCAGAAAUGAACUUUAUCUGAUUGUUCUUUGUCUUCGAUGUAUAUCUAUCUAAGUAUUUAUUAUAAAAUAUUGGUGUCAUUGAGUAAGUAGGUAUCUCGUAACACAAGUCUCGAACUUCGAGGCUAACGCAAUCUUUGUAAUUUGUUAAAAAAAAAUAUAAUUAUAUAAAAAUGUAUUUCGACAGAAUACCAAAUUAUAAUGUUAUUAUGAUUUCUAUUAUUACCAUUAUACCAUUCUUCAAGACUCGGUAGUACAAGUUAGUCCUCCAUUCAAAAAGUACAAAUAAAAUGAAAAUCUAUU